UUCUCAUGCUUGACAUUAUCAUAGAGGCUGAACCAAAUGGGAAGUUUUGCAUUGUUCAACUUCUACCAUUUUCUGUUCCAAUUAAGAGAAGUCUGGACGAAUCUGGGUUGGAACUGCUCUACAGAGAGUGUAAAGGAGCCAGUUUGUUACUAUGAAGGUACACGGUGUUGCUGUAAUCCUGGGCAUGGUGAUUCUACAUGUGGUGGACACCCAGGAUGGCCACUGGCCUGUCCACACUGUGUGCAACUCAAACAAGAUCAGCGUCAAAUACAGGAGCUGUGAUCCUCUACAGGACAUAGGCUUCACCCUUCAGAGCUCUUGUUCUCAGAUUUGGACAAAGCCAAUUGCAAUUAAAGUGACUCUCCCUCUGAGGAAAUCCAUUGAUGAGUGUUACGUUUCUAUGGAUCUAACUUUUCUCGGAGACCUCAUCCUCCAUCAUGAUGAGCCGCUCUGCCUGCCCGACUUUCCUCGCUUCACCUUCUGCGGCAGCAAGAAAGGAGAAAUGAUUAGUGUGGAGACGUCUCUGAAUACACUGAAGCUCCACCUGAAGGGUCUUUACAAUCUGAUGGUAUAUGGAAUAAACCAAGAUGGCUUCCAAAUUGUUUGUGUGAAUGCCACUCUUGAGUUUCACUGAUCGGAAUAUCUGGAGAAAAACAGAGAACGCUUCAAAACCACACAGAAUAAUGCCAGUAAAGGAACUGAUCUGGAUUGGACGUGUAAAGGAUGCUAUGCUAAGGAAACUCUUACUAUUUAUGACUUUGCUAUCAGUGUAACAAUGUGAUUUUAAACGUUUUUUAAUGUGUUGUGAUUCAGAAUUCUGAUAAUGCUGUCUAAAUGAUGCUUCUUAAAUUAGGAACACACAGUCAUAAUCAAAUGUUCAUGUUACAUGUGUUGUUGAUUUUCUAAGU